ACAGAAAAAAUUAAAAUGUCAAUUGAGUUUGACAUAUAUUUGACAUUUGUGAUUCCAGAACUUUUGGGUUAUGCAUUGGGUUUUGCGAUAACAAAAAAGAUAACAAAGUUUUGCCGGUGCACGGUGCAGUUACAACUCACAAGGGUGCUAUCAAGAGCAAUGGCGACUGUAGCGAAAUCUUUCGAGGCAAAGGCCGUGGUUCCCGACGUGGUGCCGAAAGCCCCUGCGGCGCUGGUCUCGGUGAAGUACCCUAGCGGUGUGGAGGUGAAGGAGGGCAAUGAGCUGACCCCCACGCAGGUGAAGGAUGUCCCCACCGUGUCGUGGGACGCCGCACCUGACACCUUCUACACCCUGGCUAUGACCGACCCCGACGCGCCUUCCCGCGCGGAGCCCAAGUUCCGUGAGUGGCAUCACUGGCUGGUGGGCAACGUGCCCGGCACCAACGUGGGCGCCGGCGAGACGCUGUCCGCGUACGUGGGCUCCGGCCCGCCGCCCGGCACCGGCCUGCACCGCUACGUGUUCCUCGUCUACAAGCAGCCCGGGAAACUUAGCUUCGACGAGCCCAGGCUGACUAACACAUCCGGCGACAACCGUGCCAUGUUCUCUAUCGCCAAGUUCGCCCAAAAGUAUAAAUUGGGUGAUCCGAUUGCUGGCAACUUCUAUCAGGCGCAAUACGACGACUAUGUCCCCAUACUGUACAAGCAGUUGGGAGCUUAAACCACAUGUAUCUUGUAGGUUCCGUUCAUUGUCAUUUUGAUCUUAAUGUCAACAAAGAUCAAUAGUAAUGCUACCAAUAUAAAAAUGUUAUCCCAUAAAAAGCACUAAGCAGCAUCAUUUGGCCAAGCCUUUCCUUACAUAUAGAUCAAAAUUAUUUGAACGGACUAUAUUAGAGCUAAGACUUAAAAUGUAACUCCACAUAAUUAUAUUUAUAAGCAAUAUAUCUCAGGCGUAAAUCGCAUUUGAAAAUGUAUAAUUGCCAGCAUAAUAUAAAGUAAAACUUUAAAAUAUGUUGUAGAUGGAACAUUAUGAAUGUUUUCCAUUGUAUAAAUUUUAAGACUGAGAUGUGAGUAAAGUAUUUGAAAAGACGUUUUUCAUGUUUGUAAUACAUUUUAAGGUACGGUAGUACGCUACCAUGUUACAUAUUAAUUAUUUGGUUACUUACCAUCACAUGUAUAAAACGGUUAAAAAAUCUUGAGACUCGGCUAAUUAUUAUGCCUCGGUAGUAACGAGAUCAUUAGAUCGAGUCUCAAGUUAUUUUGAUCGGGUUGAAUUUUAAAUAACAUUUUGAAAUAUGCAUUUCUUGUUUCACAUUUCAGUAGAAAUAUGCAUUUAAUUGUCGAUUUACUAUUAUUAGUUGUCCUCGUUUGGGUACUGCAAUACAUUAGUUUUUCUU